CUUCAAGAAAAAAAAAUGGUGGGUUUUGAAACGUUUCUUGAAACUCCUUCAAAGGGAAGAAAGACCGCCGUCGUCGUGGGUUACGAUGUGCCGGAGGGUGUUGACGUAAGGGGGAGAUACGAUGCGGAGUUUGCAAAGAUUCUUAGCAAAGAUGCUCUCUUGUUUGUGGCUGGUUUGCAGCGGGAAUUUCGGAACCAUAUCAAGUACGCUAUGGAGUGCAGGAAGGAUGCUAAGAUGAGGUACAACAAUGGUGCUUUGCCUGGUUUUGAUCCGGCCACUGCCCACGUCAGGGAUGGUGACUGGCUCUGCGCCGCCGUGCCUCCGCCGGUGGCUGAUCGGAGGGUCGAGAUUACGGGCCCGGUCGAGCGGAAGAUGAUUAUUAAUGCACUCAAUUCUGGUGCCAAAGUUUUCAUGGCUGAUUUCGAGGAUUCGCUGGCACCGAAUUGGGAGAACCUAAUGCGAGGGCACGCGAACUUAAGGGACGCUGUUAACGGGAACAUAAGCUUCAACGACAAAGCAAGGAACAGAGUUUACAAACUCAACGAACAAACGGCUAAGCUCUUUGUCCGCCCGAGGGGCUGGCACUUGCCCGAAGCCCACAUCUUCAUCGACGGCGAACCGGCGACCGCUUGCCUCGUUGACUUUGGUCUCUAUUUCUUCCACAAUUGGUCCGCCUUUCGCCGCACGCAAGGCCAAGGCUUCGGCCCCUUCUUCUAUCUCCCCAAGAUGGAGCACUCUAGAGAAGCAAGGAUAUGGAACAUGGUGUUCGAGAGGGCGGAAAAAAUGAUGGGAAUAGAAAACGGGAGCAUAAGGGCCACCGUUCUGAUCGAGACUCUUCCGGCGGUGUUUCAGAUGGACGAGAUUCUGUACGAACUUCGAGACCAUUCGAUCGGUUUGAACUGCGGUCGAUGGGACUACAUUUUCAGCUACAUCAAGACUUUCCAAUCUCACCCCGACCGCCUUCUCCCGGACCGAGUUCAAGUUGGCAUGUCCCAACACUUCAUGAGAAGCUACUCCGAUUUACUCAUUCGCACGUGUCAUAGGCGCGGGGUCCACGCCAUGGGAGGAAUGGCCGCUCAAAUUCCAAUCAGAGACGACCCGAAGGCGAACGAGGCAGCGCUAGAAUUGGUGAAAAGGGACAAACUGCGUGAAGUAAGAGCCGGGCACGACGGCACAUGGGCAGCCCACCCGGGACUAAUCCCGGCCAUCGACGAAGUCUUCACGGCCACAAUGGGCAGCAAGCCCAACCAAAUCCAAACGGUCAAACGCGACGAGGCCGCAAGUUUGACCGAGGAAGACCUCCUCCAGACCCCGAGGGGCCACCGCACAAUGGACGGCCUACGCCUCAACACGCGCGUGGGCAUACAGUACGUUGCGGCGUGGCUCACCGGCACAGGAUCGGUCCCUCUCUACAACCUCAUGGAGGAUGCCGCCACGGCCGAGAUCAGCCGCGUACAGAACUGGCAGUGGCUGAGGUACGGCGUGGAGCUGAACGGGGACGGACUCGGCGUGCGGGUGACCCGCGAGUUGUUCGGGCGGGUCGUCGAGGAGGAAAUGGGUCGGAUCGAGAGGGAGGUUGGCAAGGAGAAGUUCAAUAAGGGGAUGUAUAGAGAGGCGUGCAAGAUUUUUACGAGGCAGUGCACCGCGGACGUGCUCGAUGAUUUUCUCACGCUUGAUGCUUAUAACAACAUUGUUGUCCACCAUCCGAUCGGCUCGUCGAGGCUCUAAGUAAUUUCCCACUUGUUUUCGGUUUCAUGUGUUUUUCCAGAAUUUGCUUUUUUAUUUGUUUGUGUUAUGUUCGUAUUAUGACUUGGCUGCUAAUAAAACAAGGUGUUUCUGUUGUUCAAUUUCUUUUUUUUUUUCUUUGCUGUAAUGUUUGCACUAAUAAAUCUAAGUAUCAUUUUAAUUUGGGGUUUGUUGAAUUAAGUAAUCUUGUAUUCUAAAUUCUUCUUAGUAUUGCAUUUUUGUCAAAACUCAUAAAAUAUUAUAGUAU